UGUAAGGCUACUGUGACAUUCCCGUGAGCUGUGUGGCGACCGUGACAUUCCUGUGAGCUGUGUGGCUACCGUGGCAUUUCCGUGAUCAGGGAAUUUGUUGCAUGGGGGAGAUGACGAGUGCGGCGAAGUCUCGCAGGAAGGUUGUGUUGGUGGCGAGUACGGGAGUGCUGCUGCUGCUGUUGAUGCUGUUGUUCACCAUGAGGUUAUCCUUGUUUGACAUCGUCCGACAAACAGGUAGCCCUCUGCCCGGUGACGUCGCUAAUGACGUAGUAGCGACGCAUGCGCAGCAGCAGCGGCGUGCCGUCGUGCUACUCGCCUACCACCGCGGCGGCAGUUCGUUCACGGGCGACCUGCUCAACGAGCAUGCGCGUGUCUUCUACCUGUACGAGCCGCUACGGCAGCCGUGGUUCGCCGCCACCGCUGCCGCCGCCGCCGCAGACCGCCACCAGCUAGACGCGCUCGCCGUCCGUCUGACGCCCGCGUUCCUGCUGUGCCGCUUCUCCGAGAUGUCGAUUGACUGGAUCGCCGAGCUACUGAAGAAGAAUUACACUAAGCUAGCGCAUACCAAGGCCCUGCUAACGCGGCCGGGAUGCGGGGAAGCGGAGAGGACAGAGGAGGGGAGAGGGAGGUCUGCGGCCGACGGAUGGUCGGAAGGGAGCGGGUGGUCGAAAGGAGGAAGGUCGGAUCGGAGAUCGGGGUCGGAGGAGGGAAGAGGCGAGUCGGGGGAGAGCGCGGGAGUGUCGGCUGCGCCGCCGCCCUGUCGUCUCGGAGCGCUGACGAUCGCCGACGUGGAGGACGAGUGCCGACGUCGGGACGUCGUCGCCGUGAAGCUGAUCCGGCCGAGCCUCGCCGACGGCGUCGCGCCGCUGCUCGACGACCCGCGCUUCUCGCUCAAGGUCGUGCACGUCGUGCGAGACCCGCGCGGCGUGGUCGCCUCGCUGCACAAGUUGCCGGAAUACCACACCGAUCACGUGACGGCCGCCAUGAUGAGCGCCGCCGCCGACCGUCUGUGCAAGCGCAUGCGCGGCAAUGUCGCCGCCGGCAUGCGGCUGCCCGCCGCCAGCUACCUGCUGCUGCGAUACGAGGACGCGGCGACGCAGACGGCGCGCACGAUGAAAACUCUUUACGACUUUGUCGGCCUCGACGCCGGUCGGCAGUCGCUGGACGACUUCGUGGCGGCGCACACGGGCACCGACGCCAACGCUGACGAUGGCAUAAACUGGCGGACGGUGCGGCGGAAUUUCACGGCGGUGGCGCUGUCGUGGCAGAACGUCCUCGACGAGAAGAGCGUCCGCCAGGUGGAGCAGGUGUGCGAGGACGUGUUGGCUACGCUCGGUUACCACCUGCUGAACUCUAGCAGCAACUCAUAUAUAUACAGAAAGUUUUCGACAAACUGCAUCGGUACUCGAAUCGGCAUGGAAAUGCUAGGAAUGUGGGCGAGACAAGGAUACAUCAUCUUACCAUAUAAAACGAAUCAGUAA